AUGGGGCAGAGGUAUGGGAGCCUGCCGAGGUCCUCGAGCGUGGACUGCCUUGCCACCCGGCCGGUGCCUCUCCCCACUUCCAGCUUCCCGGGGGAGCUGAAGCAGCAGUCCUCCCCCACCCCACCCCCUUCUCCGGAGUGGGUCCGGGGCUCUGCAGCCUACACUGCCGUCAUGGAGCGCGCUUCCCAGCUCCUCCCCGCCGGGUUUGGCAGGAAACGGUCCACGCCGGAGCCCCCUACCCCCCCGCCCAUCCAUGUGGCUGUGAGACGGCGGGGCGGCGGGUACAGCUGGCUGGAGAUGGCCCCAGGCAUCUCGCUGGAGUCCCUCCUGGGAGCUGCGGCCAAGGUCGCCGGCAGCACCCCGGACUGCUUCAGCCUGGUCGUGGAAGCCACCUACCUUUUCACAAUUGAUGCAGAGGAGCGAGGGCCUCCCGGGGUCAAGGAGCUGCUGCGCUCCACCGCCAACCGUCUCGCACACCGCCGGCGGUUGGCCUGGACUGUGCUGGACAAUUUCAACUGGCUGGUGCUGCCGGAGAGCCUGACGCGCGAGGUGCGGGGCCGUGGCCUUCUGGCCUGGGCCGAGGAGAACAUCGGCGUCCACCUGCGGGAGCCGUCAGGCAGCGACGCCAUAAAGGUCACUGUGGAGCUGGCGAGUGACAGGCGGGUGGCCUUCGUCGCCUCCCCCGAUGACAGCCUGGCCAAGCUGCGCGCAAGCGUGGCCGCGCGCGCCGGCAUUCAGCCCGACCGCCAGCGCCUGCUCCUGCGCGAGCGCCGGGCGCAGACGCCCGGCGAGGCGGCGGCCUGGGCCGCGCUGCGGGCCGCGAUUGCCUGGCUGUCCGUCCUCCUGCACUGCCUGGGCCUGGCUCUGGGGCUGGUGGACCCCGCCGCCGACGCGCCGGUGACGCUGCACCUGACCACGCGCAGCGGGCGCAGCGUGCGCCUGGACGUCACGCGCGACCUCACGCUGCACCAGGUCUCCCAGCUCGCUCUGAGUCAGCACGGGGAGGAGCUGGACCUGGCGGGGCUGACCCUGGCGCCGCGGGACGGGGCGCUGCGUGGGGCCAGGGCCGGGCUGCAGGCGGGGCCCGCCGUCCUGUCGCGGCCGUGGAAGGGCGGCUGCUGA